AUGAAUAAUUCAACAAAUGGAUUCGAUGAACGGCGUCUUGCGGACUUUAAACGUAUUGUUGAAGGUUAUCUAUUAUCUAUUGUGUGUAUAUGUGGACUAUUAGGCAAUGCAUUAACAUGUAUAGUAUUAUCGAGUCGAUUCAUGCGAACAUCUAUAACCAAUAUCUAUAUAUUUGCUUUAUCGUGCGCAUCGUCAUUUGUUUUAGUCGGGUUUCUUCUGACGCAUGGUAUACGUGCUACAUUUCGUGCUGAAGUUUUUUAUUGUUUGAUAUUUACUCGAAUGUUUCCAAUACAUGUUACAUGUUUAUUAAUUCAAAUAUAUUUAACAGCAGCAGUAGCUUUCGAUCGAUUCAUUCUUAUUUGUUUACCAUUUUGUAGUCGAAAAUGGCGUAGUCCUAAAUUGGCCAUAUGUGUCGUGUUUAGUAUAUGUGUAUUUAGUAUGCUAUAUUGUAUACCAUUUUGGUUUGAAUUUACAUUAAUCAAAGAAUACAAUCGAACUAAUAUAAGAGUAUCAAGAUUUGGAUCUCAUCGUUUAUUUCGUUUAAUAAUGCGUAAAUACUUGUAUUUUAUUUUUGUUUUUCUCUUACCCUUGUCAAUAAUAUUAAUAUGUAAAAUAUUGAUUAUUAAAAAUUUAUAUUUAAUAGAAAAACGAAAACGUUUAUUAGGAACUUCAUUGAAAACAAAUCGUUCGUCAAAUGCUAUGAAUUUCUUACUUUUAUCGAUUGUAUUUUUAUUUCUGUUGACACAAAUACCCUAUUUCGUAUUUAAUGUACUAUACUCAUGGUCUGGAGCAACUCUAAUGAAGAACCUACUUGCUAGACAAUAUUUAGUUAUCAAUAAUCUUCUAUCAGUUAUAAAUGCAUCGGCGACAUUUAUUCUUUAUGCAUUUUUCGAUAGAAAAUUCCGAGAAGUCAGCGAAUACUUUCUAUUUUGUAGACCAUUACCAGCUCAUUUUCACUCACGUCAUGCUGCAAUACGUUUACUAUCAGAAAAUUUUACAUUAUCAAAACGACGAUCAACAAUGAAUUCAACUUAUCGAUGGUCAACAUACAUAAAUAACAAUUCUAUAGAUUCAAGAAAGAAAAAUUUAAUUAUAUCGCACUCUAUGCCUGCAAAUGUUUAA